AGUCUCAGAUUAGCCACUUCAAAUCAAAUUAAGAGAUCUUUCCAACAAAAGAGGACAAGAACAAAACAAGAAGUCACAUAUCUCUAACAUCAUUGUUGUCUUAGGUUUACCUCCAUCAACCAAACGCAAUGGCGAACGCAGCGUCAGGAAUGGCGGUGGAAGACGAAUGUAAGUUGAAGUUUUUGGAGCUAAAAGCGAAAAGAAACUAUAGGUUCAUAAUAUUCAGGAUAGACGGACAACAAGUGGUGGUUGAGAAGCUUGGAAGUCCUGAGGAGAACUACGACGAUUUCUCCAAUUCCUUACCUGCCAAUGAGUGCCGCUACGCUGUCUAUGACUUCGACUUCACCACUGCUGAGAAUUGCCAGAAAAGCAAGAUCUUCUUCAUAGCAUGGUCACCGGAUUCUUCGAGGGUAAGAAUGAAGAUGGUGUAUGCGAGCUCAAAAGACAGGUUCAAGAGAGAGUUGGAUGGGAUUCAGGUGGAGUUACAAGCCACAGACCCGAGCGAGAUGAGUUUCGACAUCAUCAAAAGUCGAGCUCUCUAGAUUCAUAUGUGCCUGAUUUCUUAUCAUAUAUCCAUAAAUGAUCCAUCAUCAUCAUUCAAAAUUAAAGAACUUCUCCAUGUUAUGUAACUUUCUUGGUUUCAUUCAUUCUCCUUCUUCUUGGCCUUUUUUAUUUGUUUACAUUUUAAACUGACAUGGGUUUUAUACUUUGGCUUCAGAGAAGCCUAAAACCAUGUAGUUUCUCGUGUAAUAGCUGCAUACUUUCGUUGGAAAAUAAAAUAUAUUACUUUUCCAUUGCAACGUU